AUGGAGGUCUUCUCCAGGGGCCGCCUCUCCUCCGUGCUUCUUCACAGAGCCAAGCUCGUGCUCUCUGCAAGCCCUAGACCCUCGUUCUUCUCGUCGCUUCCAGAGUCGGCGGCGGCGCCGCUGAGUCUGAGCACCCGGACGAAAACGCCAUUGGAGAAGCAAUUCGAGGUCUGGAUCGACCGUCUCCGGCCGGGAUUCACCGCCGGUGACGUCGACUCCGCUCUCCAGGCACAAUCCGAUCCCGACCUCGCUCUGGACAUCUUCCGGUGGAGCUCUCAUCACCGGGGAUACCGCCACAGCGCCGCCGUGUACCAGACCAUGCUGAGGAUAUCCAUCUCCGGCCGGCGAUUCCAGCAGGUGGAAGCCCUAAUCGACGAGAUCCUCGCCGGCGCCUGCUCCGACGCCGAUCUCCCCCUAUACAACCUCAUCGUCCGCUUCUGCUGCUCGAGGAAGCACCUCUUCUCCCGCGCCUUCGACGUCUUCAAGAAGAUGCAGCGAUCUUCCUGCAGGCCCUCCGUGGAGACCUACUCGAUGCUGCUCAGCGUGCUCGUCGGGAGAUUCAGCAAGCCGAGCGUCUCCUUCGUCUACCUCCACGCGAUCCGCUCCCUGGCCAGGCAGAUGAAGGCCUCGGGGGUGAUCCCCGACACCUACGCCAUGAAUCUGAUCAUCAAAGCUUACUGCAAGUGCCUGGAGAUGGAUGACGCCGUGAGGAUCUACAGGGAGAUGGGGCUCUACGGCUGCGAGCCGAACCAGUACACCUACGGAUAUCUCGCGAAGGGGUUCUGCGAGAAGGGGAGGACGGAGGACGGAUUAGGAUUCUUCAGGGAGAUGAGGGAGAAGGAGCUUGUUCCGACGAAGAGCGUCUACAUGGUCCUGGUUUGCAGCCUCGCCAUGGAAGGAAGGUUCCUCGAGGCCAUUGGAAUCCUCCGCGACAUGCUGGGGAACUCUGUGAUUCCUGAUCUGCUGACCUACAGGACCUUGCUGGAGAGCUUGUGCAGGGAGGGGAAGGCCAACGAGGCAUUCCAGCUGCUCGAAGAACUGAGAAGCUCGGAGGGCGCCAUGGAUCAGAAGACGUAUUCAAAUCUGCUGGAUGGAUUGCGUUGGCUCUGUCAGUGA